AUGGAGUUGUCAGCGCUCGUCAGGAAGCUGGGUCAUGAACUGGCAGAGAUAAGAGAACGGUCUCUGAAGACUAUUCUGUUUAAAUUAGAACAUGACUUGAUUUCGUAUGCUGAUCUGGUCCAUGAAAAAAUGCUUUUCUGCAAUCUUCUGGAGUGGUUCAAUUUUCCAGUUGUACCAAUAAAAGAGGAAGUGCUAAAUUUUGUGAACAGUUUGAUCAAGCAUCCACCUGCUGCUCAGAGAAUGAUUGGAAUUGGUGCAGUGGAAUUUUUCUCUCAGCUUCGCCCCAAUGUGGAUCCAAACUUGCAGGCCAUCAUCGAUGGGAUUGUGGAUGGACUCUUCUACCUUCCUUCUGGACUUCCUUCUGAUUCUCUGUCAGUAGUUUAUCAAACUCAGCCUUCAGUAGAUCAACCAGAGGAGUUACUCACUGGCUAUUUUUAUCAAGGUAGAAGUCAUCUGCCACAGUUAGAAGCACCUCCCAAAAGGACAGUUGGUAUGUGCAUGAAGUGCUUGAAGUUUUCUGUAUUUCCUUGGCUAACUCUGACUUCAACAGACAGACAUGUUCUUGCCUCAAAUGAAAGCUCUUUGAGAAGUAGUAACCAAAGCUUAAUUUGGAGUACAUGUGAGCUUCUUCAGGAUGUGAUUAUGCAAGAUUUUCCUGCUGAGAUCUUCCUUCAAAGACCAAAGAUUGUACAGAGCCUCUUGUCUCUGCUGACCCUGGCCUUUGGAGGAGAUGGGAAGCAUCGAUUAGCCCUCCAGGCUGUGGCAUGCCUGCAGCAGCUGUGCAUUUUCUUGAGAAGGAGGCUCAACUUCCACAGAGAUCCAAGUUUUUGUUCCACAGAGCAAGCCAUAGCUUCCCAGAAUUCCUCUAUAUCUUACUGUCAAGAAGCAAGAGGUCCUCCUCCUUCUCAGAAUCCAUCACCUGGAAGCAGUAGCCCUCGGCCAUCAGUGAUUGGACGGACAGUUCAGCGGCCUAGAGGAGAUGGUCAAGAUUGGGAUGCAGCAUCUUCCAGUGGAAACAGUACUCAAGCAAAUGCAAACUCCAGAAUCUCUCUGCAUUCCCCACUUGAUGUAGGACAUAUGGACCUGUCAGCUAUUGAAAAUGAGGACACUUUGGAAUUACAGAUGAAGCAGCUUAGCCUGCCUCAGUUCUGUGUUGCCGUCUUGGAAAGUGCAAUACCUCUUCUAAGAACAGGCAGUAGGAGAGUGACGAUGGCAGCUCUGGAAUUGCUAGUUGAAGACAUGUUCCUUAUUGGUGAUGCUAUUUCUGACAGUGUUUGGGAAGAGGAUAGCCUUUUUGCCUUGGAAUUGAAAGAGAAGCUGCUGCUGGUCUUGGGUUUGCUUGGAGAAACUAUUUUAUAUCACAAAAGCAAUAUCAGCGUAGAGCAGCCCGAGGUGAUGUUGGUGCAUCACAGAAUGGCAUUUAACAGCAUUUCACUCUUCACUGUUAGACUGCUGCAGACACUGGUCCCUGUAGAAAAGGCAAGUAAAGUUUUACAGAAGAGUUUGCUGAGUGCUUUAUUUCUUCUGUCUCUGGACGUGCCUUUCUCUGUGGAAUACCCAAGCAUUCAGGAGUCCAUUGCAGCCUACCUGGAGCAGAUGAGUACUGAGGACUACAGGAUUUACAAACAAGCCUCAGAAGCUGCAUAUUCAAUGGAAUGCACUUGUAGCUUUGUGGCAGAAGUUCAGAAGAAGGGGCAGAAGAAUCUUUCUGAAUUGGUGGAAUUGGCAGAUCAAGCCUUGAGUAGCCUACCCUACCAUCAGCACUUCCCCUUGCUUCAGGAAAGCAUUCACUUAUGCUCUGAUCUUUGGAAGUGUGCUGAGACUAACUUGUUGCUCCAGACUGAGGGUCAGAAGGUGCUUCUCCGUCUACUCUCUCAUCCUUUGCCAAAUAUAAAAGCUGAAGCCUAUCAUUGCUGUUUGGAAGUGGUUAAGGACUGUUUAGGUAUUCAUAAUGUUGCCAAGCCUGGGUCUUCAGCCUGCCAUGGAGUGCAUUUCCUUCUUCACCCAAAAGUGUUGUAUGAGAUCUGUACCUUUGGCCUUCAGGAAGAGAAGAAUGAGGUGAACUCCACAGCCAAGACCAUUCUGCUGCACAUGUUGCAGGGACGAUUAGUGAUGGAAGGAUUGACUUGGAACAAGUUUGUUGAGGCCCUCUGUCCUGUCAUUCCUGUUUUACAGGGUUAUGCUGACACAAAAGAUGUGCUGGGUAAAUGCAUCCUCACCCUGAGCGAGACACCCUCUGACAAAGGAGAGGGUAUUCUCCCUACAACUCCUAGGCUGCGGGCUGCUCUGCGUCUCCUCUUCUCCAAAAAGCAGCUGGUUCGUUCUUCAUCUCUUCAACAUUUAACAUUCCAUCUGUUGAAUGAAGAAGAUGCAAACCUGAAACGCCCAGUUCUGCAUGGCAGCCUGCUUUCCAACACUGCAAACUUGUUUAUUCUGGAAAAAGCUGUUGAGCUAAAAUUGGAUGAUAAAAGAGAAUCGAUAUUUAAGGUGAAAACUGUUGAGAAGCUUUAUGACGUCUUGACUUCAGCUGCUGUUGACCUACCUUUACGCAAGUCUGCAGCUGACCAGCUGGCUGUCAUUGUAGAAGAUACCAAAAUGCAUGGCAUUGUGAAAAAGUUGGGUGUGAUAGAAAAGAUUUUGGCUUACCUGAAUGAGUGCAUACAUGUGGAUGGCAUGCCCAUGGAGCCCAUCAUGGUACCAUGCCUGACUCUCUUACGCAAGCUGGUGUCUGCUGACCCGGUUCUUCGUCUGUCCCUAGCACAGCAGUCACCUCUGCUGCUUUUACUCUUCAGAGUUUCUCUGCUGGUCCAGAACGAUGCUGCUGUUUUAACUGAAGCUGUAGUGUUGCUUUGUCUUCUGUUGUUUGAUGAGGCAGCCAGAACAGAAACAUGGUAUGAAAAAGCAGUUUUUAAUCUUAGAAUCUGUGGUAGAAAUGUGAGUGGCCUACCUGCCUUCAGUUUACCUGUUGCUAUUGUCAGAAGGUAUCAUCUCCCAAUCAGGAUCACUGCUCAUCAUGUCGUUAGCCCUAACACUGUUGUGUUGCCAUUGUCUUCAGAGUGCUUGGCUAUGAAACCUGUGUCAGAUAUGCUUAAGAUGGCUUGGAAUUUCUCCUGGUACCAUGGGAUUGAAAACCUCCUGCAACUGAUAAAUUCUGAAGAGGAAGCAGAAACAUUUUUAGAUUCACUAAAACUAUCUUCAGAAGAUAUUCUUGUACUCAAAAUAACUCACACCAACUAUGGACUGCAGGAUUGUCUUAAUUCAAUUAUUCAGGCAGCAUCCCACAGGGAUGUCCAAGCUGCUCUCACUAGGCUUAGUUUUUACGUGCUGAAUGACAGACUGGCAUUCAAAUGCAGUUCUGGGUCUUGUGGAACCACUUUGAAGAGCUUUGUUUGGCAAAAAGCUAUAAGCAGGUUUCUGCAAGUGCUUCCAGCUUCUGCAGAGGACGAGAAGCUUCUGGUAGACGUCUUAAGAUUUUUCAAUAAAUUGCUUAGAGAGCAGAGAUCAAAUCUGGAGGCAGAACAUCUGAAGUGGAUCUUGAAAUCAUUGCUUAAAAAUAAGCCAAAAUCCCUUUUAGGCCUCCUGGUGCGGCCAGAAUCUCAAGCACGGGAUGAAGCUGAUGAAAUGCUGAGUGCUGUCAGGCAGCAGCUAGAUAAAGAACUGAUUCAUCUUUUUAACACGCUGCUGUUUUGUUCCAUGUCAGUGACUGACAGAGAGGGCUUGGAGCUCGCAGGCUCUUUCAGGACCGAGUUGGCUCUGAUGCUGCUGCAGUGCUUAAGGCUGACAGAUGCCCCACAUUUUUAUGGGCUUCCUUCACUGGAAAGAACAUUAGGAGGAAUGGUUCAUGUCACUGCACUUCCAGGCUGGAGUACCUACUCUGCUGCAGCUGAACCUGGCACCAUUUGUGAGAAAUACUUAACAGGUCUGCUCGAGGUGAUCUCUUCCUUUUACGUUGAAUGGGGAGGAAACGCGAUGUCCUUCAUGGGGAAAGGGGUUACCAAGAGCACAGUCCUCUGCUUGCUUCACUUAUCCCAUGAAAUGAUGGCUCAAGCCAAGGAUAUGGACUGGAUAUCUCUUUGGUCUUUGCCUUAUGAUAACAGUGAAGAACAAGCAUCUUCUCAUCUAGGUCUGGCAUGGUUGGUUCCUUUGUGGGUAGAUAGAGACCCUGAGGUGAGAUUCACAGCACUUGGAAUAGGAUCAGCUCUUACAUCCCUUGAAAUAGGAUGUGUUGCUUUAGCAGAAAGCUGCCAGAACAUCUCAGGAGGGCUGUGGGGCACAGUGAUAAACAUCCUUCUGGACCAGGCUGAGUGUAGCAUGGUACGCAGGGAGGCUGCUUUUAUUCUACAAAAUCUCCUUGUGAUUCCAAUUCCUCCAGAAGACAGCAAAGAUGGUCUUUGGCAAGGUCCCUGUGUGCAUGAUGAAGAAACUGGCCUCUCUCAGACAGGCAAACCUGCACUUAAGGCCCUUUUGUACCACUACCACUUUUACGAACAUGUGAAUCAGAUGGUGAAACACUGCUACUUAGGAUGUUACAUGUUUGAUUGGAAUUCUUCCAAGGAAGACAACCUCCUCAUAGAAAAAGGUGCUGUAACUGAUUUGGAUGAUUCUCUUAAUCUUUGGAAGGCUCCAUCCAGUCAGAGCCAAUCUUCACAUUCUCAGUCGACAGCUGAAACUAUGAUCCAGUCUGCAUCACCACCACUGGGCAGUGUUUGUGACCUGCAGACAACAGUCCCCAUGAAUUCAGCCAGUUUUAUUCCUGGCACUGUAGCUGACCGGCUCAUGGCACAAGGUCAAAGCAAUACAACCACAACAGACUCUCCAAGUCAGGAUGACUUUCCCAUGCCUGCUACUCCAUCCAAACACUAUGCUGUGGUCACACCUGCUCUUUUGUCAGCUGUUUGCAGCCUUCUGCACAAUCUGCUGCUUGUCACACCAGAAGAUACUGGAAUUGCUCUUCAACAGGCACAUUUGCUAACAGCUCUCAGCAGUCUUGUAAGUGCUAAUAUGGUUGAGAGAUGCACCUUGGAACUGAAAGCUCCACUGGGUCGUUCAUGUCAUACAGAAGAUGUGAAAGCUCAGGUGUUGUCAUUACUUCAGUACCUGUCAGCUGUGGCCAAGCUGCUGAAAUCAUGUUUGCUGGUGGACUCUCAGCUUGUAAUCCAGGAUGAACUGCUGAAGCCUCUCUUGGGAAACACCUUUGCCAUCCUCACCAGUCGCUCCAGGGAUGGGUUAGAUGCUGAGUUAACAUCUGUGCUUCAUGAAACAUGGGUGGACUUUUUCAACCUUCUAGCUACAUUGUUGUGGAAGAGUGGCCAAAUUGCUUUUGCAUCUGUGACAGCAGCCUUUGCAAAUCAUUGCACAGCAGUAAUUGAUACCAUUUGUGACUGCAUUCACCUGUCAGCCACAAACCCUUCUUUGUACAUGGCUAGUUUACAGUUCCUCUCUGUCCUCUUGAAUGAAGAAGGAAGAAGACAGCUCCAAGAUAAGCAGAGCUUGUGUCAGAAUCCAACUAUUAGCUUUCUCCUGGAUCACAUUGAAGGAUGCCAGGCAUCAGUAACUCAGCUCACUGCACUGAUUAUUCAGGUCUGUGAAAGAAAAUCUUCCAGGGAUGUGCUGAAAGAAGUUGCUACAAAUGCACUGCUGUCUCUUUUAGCUGUCAGUAAAACUGCCCAGCAGUGUGCUUUGGAAGCUGACCUGAUAGACAGCUGCAUAGAAAACAUGAAACACAUCUAUGCACAGCUGAAUUUGGAUGCCCUGAAGCCUGGCAAAGCACAGAAGAGAAAGGAGGAAAACCUCAUCAAGCAGUUGAGAUGUUCUAUGCAGCUUCUCAGAAACUGCCUCUUCCAAAACAAAGAAUGCAAGGUAGCAGCACUCAAAGCUCAUCUGGUUCCUGUUGUGCAGUCACUGUGGCCAUGGUUUCUGACAGAUGACUCCUCCAUGCAAAUAGCUCUGCAUUUGCUUUGUGUCUACACUGCAAACUGUCCUGCAGGCUGUGCUUCACUUUGUUGGGCCAGUGGUGGCCAAUCGUCACUGCCAUCAGCACGAGGCACAGCUGGCAAUUCAUUAAUGCAUAACAUCUUGAAACUGGCUUCCCAAGAGUCAACUGACAACAGCCCAAUUCAGCAGGUGGUCUUCUGUCUUCUUUCUAACCUUGCUGUGUCUCCUGACUGCAGAGGCAUCAUUCAGAAGAGUAACUUCCUGCAGAACUUUUCUUCUCUUUCCUUACCAAAAGGAAGUCAUAAAAGUCCCAGUAAUGUGUCUGCUCUUUGGCUGAAGCUGCUGCUGAGCAUAUCUUCUGGAGAUGAUGGACAGCAAAUGAUCAUGAAGAUAAAUGGCUUUUUAGACCAGAUUGUGGAAAUGUGUAAGCACAAGCACAGGAGCAGCCAACAUCUAGCACUUCUGAUUCUGCACAACAUGUGUUUUAGUCCAACUAAUAAACCAAAGAUACUAGCUAAUGAUCAAGCAGUUGCAGUGCUGGCUGCCUGUCUGGAAAGUGACAGUCGUGCUGUUCAGAGAAUAGGAGCAGCUUCGCUUUGGGCUCUGCUUCACAACUAUCAGAAGGCAAAAGUGACUUUGAAGAACCCCUCCAUAAGGAGAAGAAUAGAUGAGGCCUAUUCUUCAGUGAAGAAAUCUACUCCACAGCCUGAAGAAGAUGAGCUACAUGCCUACUACUUAAAAUGCCUAGAGAAUAUUGUACAGCUUCUUGAUUCUUAA